UGCACCCAGAGGAAAAUGAAAGCAUCUUCCUCACCGCAAACAACCUGCAUAUCGCUGAAUUCUACACAAACGUAAUAACAGAAAAGAACAGAAGAAGGGAAAACAUAUACAGAACGUCAGGCGCAUUCCCUUUCUGAGACAAAGAAAUACUGCAACCUGCUACCGCCCAUUUAACAAUCAUAAACCUGCAACAUAGAGACGAGAAAACACCAACAAGCAAGAUAAAGGGAGAAAAAAAUCAAGUGAUUAAUGGUAUGAAGUGGUGAUAUGGCUUUGGAUAUGGAGAGGACGGUCUCUAAAAUCAUGUUCGACUUCCAGAGGAACUCAACUUCUGAUGAUGACUCUGGCUGUGCACUAGAGGAGUACGCCUGGGUGCCACCUGGCCUUAAACCUGAACAGGUUCAUCAGUAUUACAGCUUUUUCCCAGAGGAUAAGGUUCCUUAUGUGAACAGCAUUGGUGAAAAGCAUCGGAUCAAGCAACUCCUUCAGCAGCUGCCACCGCAUGACAAUGAGGUUCGGUACUGUACCUCACUGGAUGAAGAAGAAAAGCGGGAAUUAAAGAUCUUCAGUAACCAGCGAAAGCGAGACAAUCUAGGCAGAGGCACUGUCCGACCUCUACCACUCACUGUAACUGGAGCUAUAUGUGAACAGUGUGGAGACCAAAUCAACGGUGGUGACAUUGCAGUGUUUGCUUCACGGGUUGGCCAUGGCCUGUGUUGGCACCCUCACUGUUUUGUGUGCUGCGUGUGUUCUGAGCUACUGGUAGAUCUCAUCUACUUCCACCUGGAUGGCAAGAUCUACUGUGGCCGCCACCAUGCUGAACGACUUAAGCCACGUUGCUCAGCAUGUGAUGAGAUUAUCUUUGCAGAUGAGUGCACAGAAGCAGAGGGGCAGCAUUGGCACAUGAAACAUUUCUGCUGUUAUGAGUGUGAGGCCCCACUAGGGGGUCAGCGCUACAUCAUGCGUGAGGGUCAUCCUCAUUGCUGCAACUGCUUUGAGUCACUUUAUGCAGAAUACUGUGACUCUUGUGGAGAGCACAUAGGUAUAGACCAAGGUCAGAUGGCGUAUGAAGGUCAACACUGGCAUGCCACUGAAGAGUGCUUCAGCUGUGCUCGCUGCAAUCAGUCUUUGCUGGGCCGUCCCUUCUUGCCGAAACAAGGUUUGAUCUACUGUUCCCGUCUCUGCAGCCAAGGGGAUGAACCUGAGUUGUCAGACUCCUCAGACUCUGCUUUCCAGAGUGCCCGUUCCCGUCAGUCACGCCACAGUGCUCAGAUUGGCAAGGAUGGGACAAAAGGCAAAGGCGAAUGCGUACGACAAACGUCAUCUGGCCCUACAACAUUGGUCGGUGAUGCAGAGCCUCUAGCUGUUCAAAUGGAUUUGCUGAGCAUUUCCAGCCCAGCUCCCAGCCGCACACCUCACCGCACACCAACGAGAACCCCAAGCAGAACCCCAAGUCGGUCUCCAAGUCUAAGCCGUGAGCAGUCAGUUUGGGUGAACAGGGAUGAGCCUUAUUCCUAUGAGUCUCAACAAAGAGAUUCCUCCACAUCUCCAAAUCCCCAUCAGCUACGAAGCCAGUGUAGCAUGCGUAGCGCUUACCCUACUUCUCCCAAUCAGCCACCCAAGAUAGUGAGCAGUGCAGAGUCUUGGUCCAAAGAACAACCUGGGUGUAAUUCCAAAAAGCCUCCAGUCAUGGCUGCUCUGAGGGGGCAGUCUUUCAAUGAAAACUGGAUGCACCACGGCCAGGAACCUGAAUUUCAUGCUCCUAAGCUCAAAACACAAAUGAGCUUCAAUGAGGUAUCAAGCCGUAAUUCUGGAUUUUUGGACAAGCGCAGUAUUAGCAUGCAAGGUUUCCCCAGAGAGAUGCGUCCUCCAUUGCUGAGGAGCAGGCACCAAUUUGGACCAAGUUUUUGUGAACUUACACCACUAGAACAAACGCCAAGAGGUUCUGCUGACUCACUGGCUCUUUCCUACACUACAGGAAACUCUUUAGAUGGGACCAACAGGCGUCAGGAGCACUUCUCUCGAUUUUCUAUGCCUGACCUGAGUAAAGACUCUGGAGUAAAUGUGUCUGAUAAAGGCACCAUGGGUACAUUAAACUCAUCAAUGCAGUUCCGCAGCACUGAAUCCCUAAGCUCUGUCCCAAGACCUCUUGCUGAUAUUGGCAUGCCUGUCAGAGUAAGGUACCCUCCUCCAUUAUACUGGGAUUCACCUAGAGGUCUAAGUUUUGAGGAUCCAGUCAAAGGUCGCAUUGGUCUUGCAGGAAGCAUGUCCUGUAUGCAGGAAGGUAAUGCCCAAGCAGUGACACCGCGGCUAAGACGCACUCAGACACAAGACUCACCCAGACAGCAGCGCCAGCGUCAACGUCACCACCGCAAAGGUCACAAAGGUCACAAAUAUCAGUACCGUUCCCGCCGCUCUCGUUCAGACAAUGCCCUGCAUUUAGCCACAGAUAAUCAGAGUUUCCCUGGGGAUCCCAUUCACAGAUUUCACCAUGACUUUGAGCGACCAUCCUCAUCAAGAGUGUCGCAGAAUCUCUUUGGAGCAAAUUAUGGGUAUCGUCAACAAUUCUUUAGGCCUUGCCCUCGAACCACCUCUGACCUCACCUUGCAGGAUCCUGGAGGUCCACAAAUUGGACAGUAUAUGGGUAGGUUUGGAGAAACAGUUGAGGAUGAAGAUCAGUUUUGCUCCACCUGUUCCUCUUCUUCAGAGGGGUCAGAUGAUGACGGUUACCUUCUGGGUGAAGUCAUUCCACGGCCAGUGCAGCUGCGAUACUUUGACAAUGAGGAAUUGCGACAUCGUUAUAGUCCUACAGUGAUGGGUGGUCACAGUCAACUACAUACACGCAAACGGCGGAAGAGCAAGAACUGCAUCAUAUCAUAAGCAAUUGAUAAAGUGAGUAUCUGAGUGUGUGUAUGUGAGAGUGGGCAUACAGUAUACAACAGAAGUGAGUACAAACAGACAUGCAGAUGGUCACAACCCAUAGAUCCAAAACUGAAAAGUUUAUAACCAUGUUCGAGUGAUUAGGUUCACUGGAAAAAUCAGUUUUGUUUCAAUGACCACAUAUUUUCCACAGCAGGGCUAAAGGCACACUGGGGUAAAAGGUGCAUUUGACUUUAUUCUCCUAACCACUAGAUGGCACAAAAAAUCACUUAAGCACUUUCCUUACCGACUGUGUUUGACUAUGCACAUAAAAAUUUGGCUGAUCCUUCAAUUUGACUCUGGGCCACUUUGAUGUAAUAAAUAAAUAAAAAAGUAUGUAUGCAUGUAUGUGUGUAUAUAUGUAUGUAUUUAUUUAUCAAUUCAUUUAUUUAUUUAGUAAAUUUAUGUAUGAAAUCGUAAUCAAUUAAAUCAUUGACUAUAUUUUGAUAAGUAUUUUUCAGUUUUGUAAAAGAUAAUUAAAACAAGAGAUGAUAAAUAUAUAUUAAGCUUGAUGUCCAUCUUAGAGAUAAUCACAUUUAUAAUGUAAACAUAUUUAAAAAUAUCUAUCUAUCAAUCUAUCUAUCUAUCUAUCUAUUUAUCUAUCUAUCUAUCUAUCUAUCUAUCCAUUUAUAGUGUGUGUGUGUGUGUUAUUUUAUAUAUGUAGAUGUGUGUGUGUCUUAAAGGGGUCAUCGGAUGCCCAUUUUCCACAAGUUGAUAUGAUUGUUCAGGGUCUUAAUGAAAAGUCUAUAAUAUAUUUUGGUUAAAAAUUCUCAAUGGUAGUGUAAAAGAACGCUCUUUUUACCUUGUCAAAAUCAGCUCUGCAAAAAUUAUCUCAUUCUGGUUGAGGCUGCUUUAAAUGUUAAUGAGCUCUGCUCGCCCCGCCCC